ACAAACAAGACCUCCGUGAUCGCCUAAUGUGUAUGCUCCCACGCGCCCCUGCCAUCACCAUCAUUACACACACUCUCUCUCUCCUCUUUGGUCUCAUUAUAUAAACUUAUGUUCCCUGUCCACCCUUUCUCAUCACAUCCAUUCAUCUUUUCUCUGCGUCUCUUAACGAUCUCUAACCCUAGUUUUCUUUGUUCUAAUACCAUUUUAUUUUCUCCAUGGAAGAAUUAAGCAGCAGCAUCAUCAAUAACAAAAAGCGAGUUAGAAGCGAUUCCAUUGAAUUGGAGGUGGUCUCUCCUGAGGUGAAGAGGCUUAGAGAUGAUUUAUUAUCGGGGUUUCUAGACGACUCGGAUCCCGAGGCAGAAACUAAGGACCUUGACUCAGUAAUGAAGAGCUUUCAAGAAGAAAUUUGUGUACUCUCAGAUCCUCUGGUCGAAGUUGUGGAUCUGACAUCAUCAGAUUCCGGCGAAUCUUACCCUAAUCUUGGAUACCUUCUAGAAGCUUCUGACGACGAGCUCGGUUUACCACCUUCUAGUAGUGUUUCAUGUGAAGAGGUGAAAAAUGAUGCAGUUAACGAGUUGGUGCGAGUUGCUUCCGAGUCUUCUGGAAUCGACUUGUGGGGGUUUGAGGAUCACAUCCCGAGUUAUGAGUCGUAUGAGGUGGGCGUGGGAAUCGGUGGCGUUAAUAAUAUUGGGGAGUAUGUGGAGUUUGACGGUGGGUUGUUUGAUUAUUCAAAUGUGUACUUCGACUCGUCCGAGUAUUCCGAUUUCUCGUGGAGACACGAGACUUCGCCGACGGAGUAGAAUUUAAAAAAAACAAAAAACCGGAAGAGGAAUAUGAGAAGGACGACGAUUUGUAAAUUCUUUUUUUAAUAUUUUAAAGGAAUCAAAGACAUAUAUAUGUAGGACUAGAAAUUAUGUAUUUUGAUGC